GUUUUCAACAAUACUGCCCUGUGGUCGAUCGGGAUACUGUGCCUUCGGUAGUAAACGAGAGUGAAAUGUUUACGUGUGUGACAUGAAAGAGAGAGUUGGACCUUCAUAUUCGUCAUUUCAUAUUUAUACGACUAAAAGACACAUUUUAAAAUAAAACUACAAUUAAAGCAAGCAAAGGGGAAAAACUGACGCGCAAUGAGCUGGAAACGCACUUCACGAUGGAGACGAUAUCUGCGUCCAGUGCUUCUGUUCAUUUACUUCUCUCUUCUUGUCUUUGCCCUUUUCAACUACAAGAGUCACUGCAUUUACACCAUGCCGGAUACGUUACUGCAGAUGUCACAAAUUGGCCACUCCGAUGAAGGAAAAUGCAAAAUUGAUGUUGAAAAAUUGUAUCCUGUCAAUGUAGACAUCUUCACUGAACCAACAGCUGAGCAAAUCAAAGAACGCAAUCCUGAAGUUCGGAGUGGUGGGGCAUGGUCACCAGGUGACUGUGAGGCAUGGCAGAAGAUUGCAAUCAUCAUUCCAUAUCGGGACCGUUACCAUUUUCUUAUGAUCUUGCUGAACCGAUUACACCCUAUGCUUCAACGUCAGAAACUGAGCUAUCGUAUUUUUGUAAUUGAACAGGCAGGAAUGAAACAGUUUAAUCGAGGAAAACUGAUGAAUGUUGGUUUCCUUGAGGUGCAAAAAUUGGACAGAUAUGAUUGUCUGGUGUUUCAAGAUGCGGACCUACUUCCUGAGAGUGACAAGAAUCUGUACAUGUGUGACCAACAUGCGCGGCCUGCCUCUGCCAUCAAUGAAAUGAGAUACCAUGUAAUGUAUUAUAAUUAUGCCGGUGGAGUGAUUGCUAUGAACCCAGAAAAUUUUAUACGUCUAAAUGGAUUUUCCAAUUCAUACUGGGGCUGGGGCAAUGAAGAUGAUGAUCUGUCUGCUAGGAUUCUUGAGUCAGGACUUUUACUGACUCGACCACCAGAGCACAUAGGGCGAUACAAGAUGGCACGGCACACAAAACAAACAAGAGCUGAAGAUGGAUAUGAAUUUUUUUUGGGUUGGAGAUCACGAUGGCGGAAAGAUGGACUAAAUGAUAAAAUAGGGAUGAACUAUACACAUCUGGAAAUGAAAGAACUGCCCCUCUAUACACAUAUUAAAGUCGACAUUGGGGAUCCACCACCUACUAGAAACAUGGGCAACCCAGAGGAGUUCAUCAGCACAUGGUGGUUUUUAAAAUUCUACUUCCCAUGAUCAAGUCAACAUACAUCUGAGAUUUGUGUAUGCAGAUACAUAUAUAGAAGUACAAGAGUGUAUGUGCAUGCAUACAUGAAAAAAUGUGUUAUAUGUGUGUCUGUGUGUGUAGUGUGGGAGAAGAAGGUCGCACACAUGCACAUGCAUGUGCCUUUAUGGAUAUCUGAGAUUUGUAUAUACAUUCAUAUAUUGUAGAUGACAUGCAGUUGGCAUUUCUGUUUUGGAAGAGGUCUGUUUGAUGAGAGAUUACUUGCAGAAAUCAAGAAAGUUUUACUGAUAUGUUCGUACAUAAAAAUGACAUUCAUUACAAAAUCUCUCAUCCACCAUCACACAGUUUGGAGAAAAUUUGAAUUCUGUGAUAUAAUGGACAAAUUUCAUAUGAUGGACAGCCUUGAGUUUGGUGGUGCAUGCAAUAUUUUGAUGACAUUUUUUUAAGUGACUGUGCAUUUGUCCACUGAGGUUUAUUUGGAUGGUUAUGUUUUUAUGUCUGCCUGCAUGUUUUAAGCAGUUCACCGUGAAACCUAGCAGAUCUUGUAUCUUAAUAUCGGCAUUAAAAUUUCAAGACAGAUUGUCAAUAUAGCUCUUUGGGUAUUUUUUCUUCAUAAUGUCUAUAUAUAGUAUAGACAAUAAAGGGGAAAUUCUAGAUUUUUGUAGUAAGUUGAUACAUGGUUUAUUUUCAUAUCGUAAACCUUAUAUACUGUGUGGCUUCAUUUGAAAGAAAGGUUAAUUUAGUUCUUUAAGUAGCACACCUGAAAUCUGUUAACUUGCGUACCAGUUUGUAUUCAUUUUAUUAGUAAAUAGAAAAUCAUUUUUUUAACACAACCUUGUACUAUUUCAUGCUUUAAAAAAUGCUGUAGGUGUUAUUUAAGCAAAUACUAAAUUAUGUAACAUGACAGUGAACAGGUUGAAACUUUAGUCUUAAUGUUAUUCAUGUUAAUUUGUCUUGAUAGAUUGCUAAUGUUUCUGAAAGUUUAUGGGCACUUGUAUACACACAUAACUAAGGAACACAAGUUGAAUAUUGCAAAGAACUUGGAGUUUCAUUCACCCUCAGUUUGUACAAUAAUUAUUGAGACUUUUUGCUUGUGCUCUAUAAGUUCAUGUAUCAGCCAUCUUAAGUCUGUAACCUGUGAUAUGUUCCAUUCAGAUUUUUCCCCCAUGAAUUUCUAAUUAUGUUCUUUCAUCUUCAGCCAUAAUGAUGGUUACUAUCUCUUUUUGCUCAUCUAUUAGGUUUUAAUUUAAAUGCAGUAUAUAUGAAUGCUAUGAAUUCAGGCAUUUGAUUGGUUCAGUCAUACUGACAUUUUUAUGGUUGUGUCAACUCUAUGUGCAAGAUUCAUUUUCUGUUGCAUGAAAGGUCUUUAUUAGAAUUGUGUACUGAGGAAAGUGAGUAUAUGCUGGCACAGUACAGCUGAUAAUAUGGAAGGAUAAUGAACCUUCACCAUUUCACUGUAUUACAGAAACCAUGCUCAGUAGAAUUCAUUAUUUACUGCUAUGUGUCACUUGAUAUAUCGACCAUUCCUGACUCUUUUGUUAAGAGAUUCUCUGGGGUUAUAUUUCAUGCUGCUUAAAGUAGAACUUGACACUGGUCUAAUUUCCAGCCAUCUUUACAUCCUGCUGAUAUAGUCAUAUUGUAUGGCUGUUUCAUUUCAGUUUUCCUCUUUGAUGUAUCAAUAAAAUUUAAGGUGUAGGUUAUCAGUCCAUCAUUUCCAAAAUUAUUUCUACUUGUUUUUAAUUUCUUUUAAUGAAUAAAAAUGCACAGAACCAUGUC